AUGCAAGUUCGUGACCUGCCGCUCGUCUUCGCAGUCGACGUCUCAGGGAGCACACGGGGGCGAAUCCUGGAUGAAGAAAAACGAUCCAUCAGCCUCUUGAUGGGAGGGCUGAAGCCCGCUGAGUCGAACACACUAUCUCGUGUCAUCCCUUGGGAUGGACGAUGCCUCGGCGUCAUACACCCGCAACAAACCCCGUUUCUCACCCCUGGUGCUGGGACCGAUCCUUCUGUCGUUCUUGAGGAUGCAGUCGCCCGACGUGCGCUCCAGGAAGCCAGUCUUUGGUUUCUCAUGACCGACGGCUUCAUCGAGAAGCCGCUCAUCAACAAAUUUGCCAACGCCAUCUCCAAAACAGGCAUUCACGGAACAGCAUCUGUCAUCAUACUUUAUGGAUACCGUGUUCAGUCUCCAUAUGACUGCAAUGUGUCUGUUGGUCUUUCGGUCUUCGCUGUGGCUCCUCACUGCAUUUUCCUCUUUCACGAUGUCAGAAGCGGUGAUCUCUACGUGUUGCAAGCAAAGGGGUCCUUCACCACUCUCCUCCCAGAGCAUGCAAGAUUUACCCCUUUUGGACCGACUACGCGAUGGCAAGAUCUCAUCAGGAUCACCUACGAAGACCUUUCCAGGGUUCAGGUCCCGCGACCGACACGUCUUUCGGCAGAUGCUGUGGUCCUCCCAGGGGGAAAGACGCUCGAUAUGACAAGCCUGUACAAUGACACCUUGUCCAAGGAAGAAACCAUUGAGCUGUUGGCAGACUAUUCUGCAUUGGAUGUCAUCCUGCUUGCGGCCAAAACUCGCGGCAAAGAUCAAGAUGUGAAAUUUUGGAUCGAGAGUGCUCGACGUCACCACAGGAUUCCGGAAGCGGCCUUGAUGACGCGAGAGGAUGUUGGUUCCAAUGGAUUGAAUUGCAUGAAAAUUUUAUUGGAAGAGGUCAAGAGCCUAGCCCCGAUAUACAGGAUUGAAGAUCUGUGGGGUUUACUGUCUCGUGAUGAAACACCUGACGGCAUCGAGGCCAAGAUGUCCGAGGCCACCACCAUCACGUACAUCGACAGCUUCAGAUCAGGGCUUCGCGUUGCACACCGCCAGAACUGGUCCCACUUCGAAAGCCAGGUUGAGGCGGAUUGGGAACUGUCCUGCAAACUGAACGACACUUUAGCCGAAGUGCUCUCGACUAUGACCAUGAACGAUGCGCGGGCCCCAGCAAGUCCAGCCAUGCUCACACCAAUGUCGUCCCCAGUGGGAGGCGGAAGACGACCAUACACAGCGCAUUAUUCUGGUGGAAGCUCCGCCAGGAACGAGGCAAGAAUGAGCCCCUUAAGCCCUGGGCCCAAACGAAAUUAUUAUCAUCACCAGGACACGGGUCCAGCCACGUACCAGCAAGCUGCACUCAGCCCGUAUAUCGGUCACCGAAGCAGACGAACCAAGGACCUGUUGUUCCUCCCAGGGUACAAAGGCGAGCGAAGCACUGUGUAUGACAGGCAACCCGGCGCAUAUGCUACGUGCCCGAUAUGCAGAGAACCCAGGUCAAUACAGACACUACUACUGCAGACCAGCUCCGAUGAGCCAGAGACUUUGCAUCUGCCAAAGGCAAAUCAGCGCUCUGGUCACAUGUAUCCUCUCGUACUCGGCAACUAUCCCGAGACGGACGUCAUCCUGCCUAUAACAUGCUGCGAUGGGUGCGCUUCCCUGCUUUUGCAGGCUGGAGAGCUUCCAAAUGACGACCGUGUGACGAUUGCGUUACCGCUGGUCCCGCUCCACAAGCGUGAAAACAGGCAGUUGUGGGAGGAGAAGCUGGGGGAAGUAUACGGUCACCGCUUCCGUGACAGCAUUGUGUUCCUCGUCUUCCUCUCCACCCUCUGCACCACAAUUGAGGACCUGGUUGACGGCGCGAUACAGUCAGAAUGCCAGACCCUCAUGCCGAGCUUGGAAUGGUGCUGUCGAGAGCUGUCGAAGCUUCCCGGCAUCUCCACCAUGGCUGGCCUGACGCCGGUGGGCAGCCCGCUUUCAGGCGUGGUCAAUGACACGAUGCCACUGCAGCAGGCUCUUCGCGUGACUUUCCAAGGUUUCCAGUCCACGAUCCACCAGAGCCCCUUACUCGAGUAUCCGAUUGACGGGUUCCUCGUGCUCGUCCGCCUCGCUGGCCUCAUGGAGGACGUUGGGCCCGAGGACGUUGAGCGCUUCGUCUGGAUGCGGCUCCUGCAUUAUCUCGCCGAGCAGCACGUUCAAUUACAGAGGAAAGGUGGUCCAGGAGAAGCGAGCAAAGCACUCCAAAACUUGGUGAACAAGCAGACCGAGACGUCCAACGAACGCGGCGCUGGCACAGAAGCCGUUACUGAUCGAUGUUAUGCGGUUCCGCUUUCAGCCCUAGACGGAACAUACCUUAUCCCUUCGGACUCUGACAUCCUGGAACAAUUUCUCCGUACCGGAAGCUCCUACUCUAUUAUUGCAGAUACGGACAAAUACCACGCGGCUCUGGCUGUCUUUCUCCACUUGAUGGCCACCCUGACCGAGGGGUCACAGCAGAUCUGGGACGACGGAGAUUUAUUCGUCAAGCUCCAGUACAGGGCGGACAAGCUGUGCCGGACUGAGGACGGGCUGCGUGACAUUUUCUUUGAGGGAAAACUUGUCGACGACGAAGGAGCGGUCAAGUUGAUCACGGCGGCAUACGAGGUGGUCGUAGCUUGA